CCCACUCCCUGCUAGCGGUGCUUUACGGCUGUGUUGGUGUUUUACGACCGCGGCCGGCCGCGUUGUGCGGGGCCCAUGGCUGAGGCCGAGCGGGACCCGCACAGGAGGGGCGAGGAGGAGGAGGAGGAGGAAGAAGAGGAAGAAAAGGAGGAGGAAGAAGAAGAAGAAGAAGAAAAGGAGGAGGAAGAGGAGGGUCCCGAGGGCUCCCCCGCUGCCGAAGCCCCCUCGGACCCCCCCCCAAAGCCGGUGGUGCCGGGGGUCCUUUAUUUGUCCUUCCUCCCCCCGGGCUUCGGGCCCCGCCAGGCCCGGGCGCUGCUGCGGCCGCACGGGGAGCUGGGCAGGGUCUUCUUUCAGCCCCGCGGAGGCUCCGUGCGGCGGCGGCGGCAGCGCCCGGGGGGGCCCCCGGCCGUGGCGUUCGCCGAGGGCUGGGUGGAAUUCCGGGACAAGCGCGCGGCCAAACGCGCGGCCAAAAUCCUGCACGGGGCCCCCAUGGCCCCCCGGCCCCGCAGCCCCUUCCGCCAUCACUGCUGGAGCAUCAAGUACCUGCCCGGGUUCCGGUGGCCUCACCUGAGCGAGCGGCUCAGCUACGAGCGCCAGGUGCGGGCGCAGCGCCUGCGGGCCGAGGUGGCCCAGGCCAAGCGGGAGGGGGGGUUCUACGCCCGCCGCGCCUCCAAACCCCCCCCCAAAACCUCCGGAGACCCCGCCGCCCCUGCCCCGACCUGGGGCUUCACCCAAAGACCCACCGAGGAGGAGAUUUGGCGGCGCAAAGCUCGGCCCCCCCCGGCCGCGCCCCCCCAGCGCCUGCUGGAGAAGGUGUUUGGGGUAGGGAGGUGAGACCCUCCCUCAAAUCUGGGGGGGCCCAGCUGUCUGGGAAGGUCCCUUGGCACGCCGGGGCCCUCUCGGGACACCGAUCCCUUUCUGAAGGAUCACGAAAUGUUUUAUUUUUCUCCUUAAAACUUUUAUUACUUUUAACAAAAAUAA